AUGCCUUCUCCCAAGGAGAAGCUCUCGUUCUCGCUUUCGCGACUGAAGGCCAAAAAGAUCUUCCGGUCCAUCAAAAGCCUAUUCCGAAAGGAAGACCGCGUCAAAGAUGAACCUGCUACAGCUCCUGUGGUAGACCAAAAUGUCCAAGAUGGUGUUCGUGAGGACUCUGAGGAGCUAGGUGUCGACAAAAAGACAGUCAUUCACUGUCGAGGAGAAACGCCACCCGCCAGCAGUGAUGAUAACUCUAGCACAUUGCUGUCUGAUAAAGAGUCUGAUAGCUCUCCCGGAUCCGAGAUUUAUCUCGAUGCCCAAGAAACCAUUCUCGGCCAUAGCGAUCAGGAGGAGACUGCGGUUCAUGAUAAUGAAACCGAACCCGUGAGCAACAUGACCUUUCAACAUGAUCAAACCAACAUCCCCGGCGAAGGAAAGGCAAAGGAGAUGGCCAAAAACGAUACGGGGCUUGACCAACAGCAGCAACAUGACGCUCACCUGACUCUACAAAAGCUCUGCCCAGAGUUGAUAAUCGAGAUCAUGCUGCUUCUCCCACAUAGCAGCCUAUACCUCCUCCAGCAGACCUGUCAAAAGUUCCGUCAGCUGUCAAAACGAGAUGUAUUCAAGACGUUCAACCUAGAGUUUCGAAGCGGACCCGAGAGCUAUUGUAUCAGCGAGAAUGGCUACCAACAACGCAAAGUCAUUCGGGACCUCUUUGCUCGCAGGACUCUUUGUCAAGAAUGCAACGACAACCGCGAUUCAGGAAAGCUGAAGGAAGCGAUGCAAAAGCUCUACGAGCUGCAAUACUGUUACGGCUGUAAAGCCAGCCACCCUGCGCUGUUCUUCUCCCCCAGAGAGAAGGAGAAACAGUAUACACAGUGCCUGGGUCGAAUCGGAAAUUUCCCCCUUUGCUCGCAUGUGUCUCUUGCAGGACCGGACAUGGUGACUCUGGCCAAUACCGGUGGAGAGGAUGAAUCUAUCGAGUGCAACGAUUUGAGCCAUAAACUGUCACCUUACCUUUACGAGAAAACCGAUACUCCCCACGUUUAUCUCUCGAAUACAGGAGCAUGGAAGGAUGGCCCCAUGAAGUACAACUUACGUUUCGCAUUCAGAUCAACCCUCCACCUUGUGGUUCUUGAUGGAUGCUCGAAUAAACAUACGGAAGAAGCCAUUCGACAGUUCAAAAGUGGUUCAUAUGCUGAGUUUGACACAAAAGCUCUAUGCAAGCAUUUCUCCAGCGAGAUCCUGGAUGAGUGUAUUGCUCCCGGCUCAUCUAAGUGCUCAUGCUUCCCACGAUCAGACGGGAGGUCUAUCGAAUGCGGGCUUCUGAAAGCAACACCUAGCGCGACCUGCAAAACUUGCAAAGCGCAAUACCACCUGAGCCUGCAACAAGACUGGCGACUUCUAGGCAUCCCAGGAUCGGUAUCUGGAACUAUUGCUAAAUCAAAGAAACGGGCACAAACCAUGGUAGAUCUCAAGAUUUACAGAGAGUUUUGGGUCAAAACUUUCCUCCAACCCUCGUGGCUCUUCAACCUCACCUACAAUCAUGAUGAGGAGUGCGACCCGCGACUCAAACGAAACCCCCUCUUCAACGAAGAGAUGAAACACGUGCUGUGGUGCACCAACCCUGGUUGUGCGACGGGAUCCGAGCGUCGGUGGGAGAGAAUGGCUCUGUUGUAUUUGAACGAUGCUUUUAACAAGGAGGAGCUUGAGGAUGGUGACUCUGUUAACAAGAACCACGCUAGAGACAUGGCCUGGUUGUCGUUUGAGUACGAUGUUUUUAACGACUUGACAACUUGA